CAUCAUUGAGAAGGGUGAAGAAAAUUGUGGGCACCUCAUUGAAGCUCACAAAGAGUGUUUGAGAGCCCUGGGCUUCAAGAUAUGAGAUGAGCAGGACUGUGAAUGUGAUGAUGUCUGUGGUGUGACUGUGUUCUGGAAAGCUUCAAGAUAAAUUAUUUCUGCAAGUUACUUCAAAGAGCAAAUAUAAACAAAGAAUCUAUUUAUAAAGAGUUGAUAAUGAUAGACUGUUUGUCACAUCUGUGGCUUUUCCACUGUUAGCUCUUGAUCACUGCUAUAGAAAAUAUAUUUUUUUCCUCUUAAUAAAAGUCUGAAAAUGA